AUGCACGUGGAGCCAAAAACGGAGAAUAGCCUUUUUACUGGAUUCAAGCUCAAUGCUCAAGCCUUGGGCUCUGUAUCAACUAUUUCAGCUAUAUGUAUUCGCCAUUUAAAACUAUUUAUUCUGAUAGGAUUUACCUCAGAUGAGCUACACAGUGAAAUAGGAGAAGAUGUUGGCGAUGCUGACACGGCUUCACAAACCAUGAAUAGCAUCGGGCAUCGACGAAGUUCGGAGAAUCCAGGGCAGAACAAGAUUCGUCCCAUUCCGGACGCCUCAGCAUUCUUCAUUUUUGGACCAAAUAAUAGGUAG